AAAAUUAUGAACUUAGAAUUUGUACCACCCUCUCAACCCAACCCUUUGUCUCACUUCAAUCUUCUUCCAAGUUUGAAACCAAAACUUCACGACACCGCCGCAGCCCAGACUCUCUCUCUCUCUCUCCACACAAGUCAAAUAACUCCAUUGCUCAUUAUUUUUCCGAAGACAAACAGCAUUAACUCCACAACACAAGACAAAGCUAUCUUUCCGCUGAUUUUGCUCAGCUUUGCUUUGUUUUUGAAAUCCCCCCAUUAAAACCCUUCUACUCAUACUCUCCACCUUCCGCAAUUCUCGCGGAAUUGAACAAAAAGGGUGAGGAAAAAAGUUGACAGACAAAGAAUAGAUUGAUCGUACUGUGUAAGGGUUUGUGGGGUUUUGGGUAUAAGUAUAUAAGCUAUCUUCACAAUUCACAAUUUGCUCUGCAAUUGCUAUGAAAAACUCGAAAACCCACCUCAAUUUACCCAUUUAUUGAUCUGGGUUUGUCUUCAAACUCAACCAAUGUUCCUGGUUCAGUGACCAUUUUUUCUUCAUGGGUUGGAUUGAAACUCAACCAAUGGUUCAUGGGUUGUGUUCUCAAAUCACUAUUUGUGCUGCGAAUUGUUGUGAAAACUAUAAAACCCACCUCAAUUUACCUGUUUCUUGAUCUGGGUUUGUGUUGAAACUCAAACUCAAUCAAUGUUUCUGGUUCAGUGACCAUUUUUGUUCAUGGGUUGUGUGACCUCGAAGCACGCGGUGUCUGUGACGCCUGCUCUUGACCAUUCCGGGGCGUUUCGGGACAAUGCGGUGGCCGGUUCGGGUCGGAGCAGGGGAAGUGGGGUGGGGGAGUUGGAGAAGAAGAAGAAGAAGAAGAAGAGGAGUGAGUCGGGGUUGAGUGGGAGCGAGUUGGGUGAGUCAGGGAGGGCGAGUUCUAAUGGUGGUGGUGGUGGUGGUGGUGAGUCAAUGAGCUUUAGAUUGGGGAAUUUGAAGAAGUAUGUGGUGGAGGGAGAGCAAAUCGCCGCCGGUUGGCCGGCGUGGCUUAGUACCGUCGCCGGCGAAGCCAUUCAUGGUUGGGUGCCUCUUAGUGCUGACUCAUUUGAAAAGCUUGAAAAGAUUGGACAGGGUACGUAUAGCAGUGUGUUCCGAGCACGACACUUAGAAACUGGGAGGAUAGUUGCACUGAAGAAGGUGCGAUUUGACAACUUUGAGCCAGAAAGCAUUCGGUUUAUGGCACGGGAAAUAAUGAUUCUACGCAGGCUUGACCAUCCAAACAUCAUAAAGUUGGAGGGUUUAAUUACCUCCCGAUUAUCAUGUAGCAUAUUCCUUGUAUUUGAAUACAUGGAACAUGAUAUUUCUGGACUCUUGUCUUGCCCUGAUGUCAGCUUCAGUGAAUCACAGGUUAAAUGCUACAUGAAACAGUUGUUGUCGGGACUGGAGCACUGCCACUCUCGGGGCAUAAUGCACCGGGACAUUAAAGGUGCGAAUCUUCUGGUAAAUAAUGAAGGAGUUUUGAAAGUAGCUGAUUUUGGAUUGGCAAAUUUCUGUAGUUCUGGUCCUUCGGGGCACAGACAACCUCUAACUAGUCGAGUUGUCACUUUAUGGUACCGUCCUCCUGAACUUUUGUUGGGUUCCACGGAUUAUGGAGCCUAUGUGGAUCUUUGGAGUGUCGGUUGUGUAUUUGCUGAACUUCUUCUUGGGAGACCCAUCCUUCAGGGCAGAACUGAGGUUGAACAAUUACACAAAAUUUUCAAGCUUUGUGGAUCGCCACCUGAUGAUUACUGGAAAAAGUCUAAACUUCCACACGCGACUCUAUUCAAGCCCCAGCAUCCAUAUGAAUGCUCUCUUUGGGAGACCUUCAAAGAUCUACCCACAACUGCUGUGGAUCUGAUAGAAACUUUUUUAUCUGUGGAACCAUACAAGCGUGGGACUGCCUCUUCUGCUCUUGCAUCUGAGUAUUUCACAACCAAGCCUUACGCAUGUGAUCCGUCAAGCAUGCCAAAAUAUCCACCAAGUAAAGAGAUUGAUGCCAAACAUCGUGAGGAUGCACAGAGGAAGAGGCCUGGUGGGAGAGUCCGAGGACCUGAAACUAGAAGUAAGCUAACUAAAAAGACAAAUGGAAUCAAUAAAUUGGCACCAACAGAGUCUUUGCCAGACCAAACUCAAGGUGCCCAAAAAAUCAAUGGUAAUAAAGUAUAUAAUCACAAGGAGAGAGAGCCUAAACUAUCAAUCGAUUCUGUGGAAGAGGCUUCCCACAUAAAGAAUGCAUCUCAGGGGGACGUUCCCUAUUCGGCUCCAUUACAAGUUUCAGGGUCAAGUGGUUUUGCAUGGGCAAAAAGGCGAAUAGAUGAUUCAUCUGAGAGAUCACGCGGAAGGUCUAGUUCAAGAAGCCUUAUUUUUGAACCUUCAGCUGCAAUGCAUCCGAAGAAUAGUUUUGACUUAAAAAACCGUGAAAAUGUCGAGGGUGCACGUGGAAGUCGUGCCAGCUCUCAGGGUGAAGAUUCGUAUGAGACCGUCAAGCAUGCAAUGCCGAAACAUUGGAGCCAAUUAGAACGACCUGAUUCUUUUGAUGCUGCUUCUGAUGGGUACCACUCGCAAGAAUUGUCGCUGGCACUUUAUCAAAGAGAGGAGAUGGCAGCUAGGAGAAUCAGCUUGGUUUGCCAAGAUCAAGGAGACAAGGUUGAAUUUUCAGGACCCUUGUUAUCUCAGUCGUGUAGAGUUGAUGAGCUCUUAGAAAGGCAUGAGCGCCACAUGCGCCAAGCAGUUCGAAGAUCGUGGUUUCAAAGAGGUAAGAAAGAUGUGAAGUAAUUGUAAAGCAUGCUCGGGCUCAAGUAACGCCAUUAGUCCUUAACAGAGCUUUCAAACUCUCCACGAAUGAAUCAUCGGUUGAGUGAAAUCUCUUGCACUUGGGUUUUGACCAAAGCUGAGAAAUGAAGAUUCAGUGAAAUUCACUACUUAACAAAGCUUAGAGAUUCCUGGAAAAGGUAGCGAAGAAGCCCCGGAUUGAAAAGAGGAUUGUUUUUUUAGGUUUUAAUAUCCAAUUUCUACUUCUUUCCCCAUAGUUAUUAUCUAUUAUUUUUCCCCCCAGCUAUCGCUCUGUCCCACGAAUAGUGAAAUGUAUAUUUUUUAUGGUUCACAAGGCUUCCAGCAUUAGGCGGCUUCUUCUUCUUCUUCUUCUUCUUCUUCUUCUUUCUUCUUCUUCAUUCUAAUAACAAUAUUUGACAAGUUAUGCAAUUUCACCCUAACUUUCAUCAAUAAUGGAGGUAGCAUGAUUCACAUUGCUCUUGUUGUGAAACUUGGGAUGAAAUAUUGGAGUCCCAAUAUACCAUAGUCAAGGACCUAUGAUUAUGUAUACUUAAUAAGAAUAUAAGUGUAAACCUAAGUGGAUAACAGACUGCACCUUUACAUUUUU